GGAAAAGUUUCCUGAAAAGUAUAGUUUACUAACAAAAACUGAAGCGAAAGAGGAUGAAGAACGCUUGCCGCAUUUGUCAAAACCUAAUCCACACAAAUCGACUUGGAAUGAUAUGAUGUUAUAUCUUCGAGAACAGGUGGAAGAAUUCUCCUUUCAAAAAUGGGGAGGUGCUGAAGCACUUGACAAAGAAUUUGAAAAGCGUCAGAAUGAGAAAAAAAAGAAGAAGGAUAAAAAAUUUAAAUCAAAACUUGCAGAUCUUCGAAAGCGUACAAGAACUGAUGAGUUAGAAAAGAAUAGGUACCGAGAACAUAAACAUGAGUUCGGGAUGGCGGUUGAAGAUCCUGAAACUGGAAUAUCAACACAAACAUGUAGUUCAUGUGGAAUAAGUGUCGAA